AUGGAGAUGGAAGAAGUAGAUGAAGUACUAUGGAAUGAAGAAAUCGAGGAAGAAAAAGAAGAGGAAAUGGACGAUGAAGAAUUAGAGAAACAUGAUUCUAAAACCAUUAAGAUAUUGUUGAUGGCAACAGAAGCAAUAGCUCAAGUGCUCAAUGCUUUAAUGGCUCUCAUACAUGAUGGUCAUAUUGAACGUUGGUUAGCUCGACGCCCAAUUUCUACAAUUGGGAUGUACCCUGAUGUGUUUCUGAAGCUAUGUGGUAUCAUUAGAGAGAAAACGGAUUUGCAUGAUACAAGAUUUAUUUGUAUUGAAGAAAUGCUUGCAACAUUUUUAUUCACUGUUGGUCAAAAUUCUCGAUAUUGUCAAACUCGUGACACAUUUGAGCGAUCACAUUUCACAACAAGCAAAAAUUUCAACAAAGUUUUGAAGGCCUUAAACACAAUAGCCCCAGAGAUGAUGGUCAAACCUGGAUCCACAAUGCCAGCUAAAAUAAGAGAAAGUACAAGGUUUUACCCUUAUUUUAAGGGUUGUAUUGGAGCUAUUGAUCGCACGCAUAUACCCGCAAUGGUGACAGGGCGCGAAGUAAGUAGUUAUCGUGAUUGUCACGGUAAAAUAUCACAAAACGUGCUAGCUGCUUGUAACUUUGAUUUGGAAUUCAUAUACGUUCUUAGUGGAUGGGAGGGUUCAGCUCAUGAUUCCAAAGUGUUAAAUGAUUCUUUAUCAAGGAGGAACGGACUUAAAGUGCCACAAGUGGAUUGUGGAUUCCCAAAUCGACGUCAAUUUUUAGCUCCAUUUCGAGGUGUUCGAUAUCAUCUUCAGGAUUUUGCCGGUCAAGGUCGUGAUCCUGAAAAUGCAACUGACUUGUUCAAUCUUAGACAUGCUUCCUUAAGAAACGUAAUCGAGAGAAUAUUCGGUAUAUUUAAAUCACGAUUCACAAUUUUUAAGUAUGCCCCUCCAUUUCCAUAUGAGACACAAGCAGAGUUGGUCUUAGCUUAUGCAGGGUUGCACAAUUUUCUCCGCAAGGAGUGUCGUUCUGAUGAAUUUAGUAUUGAAGAAAACAACGAGCAUUCAGCAUCAUCAUCAUCACCAGAAAAUGAGGGAAAUAAUUAUGACCAAGUUUUUCAAACCCAGGAACAACAACGCGAGAAUGCUAACUAA